AUUAUAUUUGGGUUCCGAGAACGAUGGAUACCCAUUCUUUCUCUACAAGUAUCCAUGAAUUAAUCAAUGAGUUGUAUUGGCAAGUCUUUCCCAUGUGAUAAUCAUCCUUCUCUUUCUGUUGUUUUAAAAUUUGUCCAUCUCUCCCAGGCUCAGCAUGACAGUGGCAGCUACCAUUCUUCUUUUGUUGUCUCUUCUACUGGUAUACUCCUUGCUUGGCUCCCAUGCCCAAACACCUGAAAACAUAUCCUUGGGAUCUGGCCUCACCACCACCACUGAUUCAACUUGGCUCUCACCUUCAGGGGAUUUUGCAUUUGGAUUCUAUCCCCUUGAUAGCGGCCUCUUCCUUCUUGGAAUUUGGUUCAAUAAAAUCCCUGAAGAAACCCUCGUUUGGUCAGCUAAUCGAGAUAAUCCCGCUCCAGAGGGAUCCACUAUCAACCUAACAGCAUCUGGCUAUCUCUUGCUGACAUACCCCAAUGGAUCAUUAGAUCACAUCUACGAGGACGCUGCUGCAAGCUCAGCUUCCAUGUUAGACAACGGCAACUUUGUCUUAUGGAGCUCUGUUUCGAGGGUCCUCUGGCAGAGCUUCGAACAUCCAACAGACACCCUCUUACCGGGACAAACGAUUCCUGCCGGAGACACCAGGCUUUUCUCCAACACGAAUGGAACCGUGGACUACUCAAAGGGAAAUUUCCAGCUGGAGGUGCAGUCCGUCGAUGGAAAUAUGGGGCUGUUUGCAUUCCGAUUCUCAGAUAGUGGUUACUGGUGGUCUAAUACAACUCAACAGACAAACGUCAGUCUUGUUUUUAACGAGACUACCGCGUCAAUGUAUAUGACCAAUUUAACUUCAAUCAUCUUCCGGAUGACUCGAGAUGUGCCUACACCAGUUAACAUCUACUACCACCGAGCAACCAUUGAAGAUACUGGGAAUUUCCAGCAAUACGUUUACAAUAAGGUAAAUGGCACAGGGUGGAGAAGCAUCUGGAGAGCAAUUGAAGAACCUUGCACCGUUAAUGGUAUUUGCGGUGUUUAUGGAUACUGCACUUCUCCCCGUAAUCAAAACGCUACUUGCAGCUGCCUUCCUGGUUAUUCUCUUAUUGAUCCCAAUAUCCCUUCCAAAGGAUGCCGCCCAGAUGUUCCUGUGGAACAGUGCGCAAACACCCCAUCUGAGACAGAGUAUCGUGUAGAAGUGAUCGAUGAUGCUGAUAUUAAAAACGAUAUAUUUGCAGAGUUGACUCGAUUGUAUGGUUAUGAUUUAGAUGGAUGCAUAAAGGCAGUCCAGGAUGAUUGCUAUUGCGUGGCAGCUACGUAUACAACCGACAAUGUUUGUCGCAAGAAAAGGAUUCCUUUCAUGAAUGCCAGAAAGAGCAUCCCUUCUACUACAGGGAUAAAGGCCAUCAUCAAGGUGCCAGUGAAGAUAGAGGAUCCAAUAAAGGGGACAAACAAUUCAAGGCCUCAGGUUGUUGUGUUAGUAUGCCUUUCAGUAGUCUCCUUUCUAGCUCUACUAUUCGCUACAAUUAUCAUCUAUCAGAACCUUGUAGUGCCACGAUUCGGAUUAAGCAAACUAGCUCCAAGUACACAAUCAGCAGACAUCAACUUGAGGACAUUCACAUACCAGGAGCUGCAUAAAGCGACAGAUGGAUUCAGAAACAGACUUGGAAGAGGAGCAUCAGGGUCAGUUUACAGUGGGACUCUGCGCUUCGAAGAUAAGGAGAUGGAGAUUGCUGUGAAGAAGCUGGAAAGAGUGAUUGAACAGGGCGACAGAGAAUUUUUGGCUGAGGUAAGGGCAAUUGGCCAAACUCAUCACAGAAAUCUCGUCCGGCUGUUGGGAUUCUGUAAUGAGCAAAGCCACCGACUUCUGGUCUAUGAGUUAAUGAAAAAUGGACCUCUGUCUAGUUUCCUAUUCAGUAAGGGGGAGAAACCCUGCUGGGAUCAUAGAGCUGAGAUAGUGCUUGCAAUUGCAAGAGGCCUGCUAUAUCUGCAUGAGGAAUGUGAAACUCGGAUCAUCCACUGUGACAUAAAGCCCCAGAAUGUGUUACUCGAUCAACACUACAAUGCUAAGAUUGCAGACUUCGGCCUCGCAAAGCUAUUGAGGAAAGACCAGACCAGGACAAGCACCAACGCCAGAGGAACAAUGGGAUACAUGGCACCGGAAUGGCUCAAAUGUGCUCCUGUUACAGCCAAAGUGGAUGUCCACAGUUUUGGGGUGAUGCUGCUGGAGAUUAUAUGCUGCAGAAGGCACAUAGAGUUGGACCGGAUUGAGGAAGAGACUGAAGAUGAUGACCUCAUCCUAACAGAUUGGGUGCUAAAUUGUCUGAGAUUGGGAAAGCUAGAGGUGGUGGUGAAGCAUGAUCCAGAAGUACUGGGUGAUUUCAAAAGGUUUGAGAGAAUGGCAAUGGUGGGGUUAUGGUGUGUUAAUCCCGACCCAAUUCUCCGUCCAACAAUGAAGAGGGUGAUACAAAUGUUAGAAGGAACAAUAGAAGCUGGUGUCCCACCCCUGGUCACUGCCCAAUCAUUAUAAAAACUGUGUAUUGUUAUCAUGUUUAAAAUAAAUUUCAUCAUACAUCGUGUUUCCAA